AUGUCCGACGAUCGGAUUAAUCACCUUGAGGCGGAAGUCAGCAACCUCUCUGCCUCCCAAGAACGCGGUUAUCUUGAAAUUCAAGAAAUGUUUGCGGCCUUGCAUGCCCGCUUCGACCAACUUACGGCCUCUAGAAAAGAUGAUCAAGGUGAAGCUUCCACUGGCCAUUCUUUUGGUCAGAACAUGCCCCCCGGAAACCGCUCGAUUAUGCCACGACUCACCAAAUUGGACUUUCCUACGUAUGAUGGCAGCAACGACCCUACGAGUUGGAUUUGCCGUUCGGAACAGUUCUUUGAAUUCCAACAAAUCCAAGCCAACGACCAGGUGACCCUCGCAGCAUACCAUUUAGAUGGCAAUGCACAACUUUGGUAUCAAAUUGCCAAGAAGGAGGAACGAAUUUAUACGUGGACCACACUUAAAGCUGAGCUCCAAGCUCGCUUCGGCCCUACACAGUUUGAGGAUUUUUUUGGCAAUCUUAGCAAACUACAACAACGAGGAAGUGUUCGUGAGUAUCAAACUCAGUUUGAAAGAUUAUUAACCCGAGCAGGUUCUCUUACACCACAGCAGCAAAUUGGGUGCUUUACCAGUGGACUUAAGGAGUCCAUUCGAGUGGAGGUACAGGCCUCUCCGCCUCCUUUUCUCUCUGCUGCCGUCGGCCUUGCUAGGCUUUAUGAAGCAAGGGUCAUGGCCGCCAACCGGAGGCCAUCCAACUUGAAUCAACCACGCUUGUUUGUCAAUAAGGGCCAAGAACGCAGCACAAUACCCACGUCCCCUAUUCUGCAAAUUCGGAGGUUCUCACCAUCGGAAAUCGAGGAACGCAAGCAGAAGGGGUUGUGUUUCCAUUGUAACAACAAGUACGGACCCCGUCAUGUAUGCAAGAAAUUGUUUAUCAUGGAGGCUUGCUGGCCUGAUGAAGAUGAAGAUGUGGAUGUGGAACCUGACGAGCACUCUAACGAGCAUCCAAAUGAAAACGGACACCAUGAGGACCCACCAGCCAUCUCUCUUCAUGCCAUGUCUGGCAUUCAUGCUCCUCAAACCAUGCGGGUCUUGGGAAAGAUUCUUAACCAUUCGGCCACAGUCCUCGUGGACUCCGGAAGCACGCACAAUUUUCUUAAGGAAGAGUUGGCGACAAAAAUGGGUUUAAAACCCGACUUGUGUGGCAGGUUGGAGGUCCAAGUUGCGAGCGGCGAAAGGUUGUCUAGCGCCGGAAAAUGCAAGGAGGUGCCCAUAAGUCUUCAAGGAGUCCCACUCACUGUGGACUUCUACCUAUUGCCCUUAGAGGGUUAUGAGUUGGUCUUGGGUGCACAAUGGCUGCGGACGUUGGGCCCAAUUUUGUGGGAUUUUUCAAAGCUCCAGAUGCAGUUCGAACUAGGAGAAAAAAAGGUAUGCUUGCAGGGGCUAUCUAAUUCUAGUCCAAAAUUUGUAAAUGAGACAAAUAUACAUCGAGAGUUUCGCCGGCGUAAGGAAUGUCUGGUCCUCCAAUUGCAUGCCAUGAAUGGAGCGCUGCCAACCACUCAGUCCACUACUCCUGAUCCACGCAUUCUGUCUCUUUUGAAGGCAUUCCCUGAUAUUUUUGAAAAACCCAUCGAUCUACCUCCACAAAGAAGCCAAGACCACAACAUACCUCUGUUACCGGGUAGUGCACCAGUUAAUGUUCGACCGUAUCGGUACCCGCAUUUCCAAAAAAAUGAGAUUGAAAAAUUGAUUAGAGAGAUGUUAUCAACAGGAAUUAUUCGCGCCAGCAAUAGUCCGUACUCCUCUCCGGUCAUAUUGGUGAAGAAACACGAUGGAUCAUGGCGCAUGUGCAUUGAUUAUCGCGCCUUAAACAAAAUCACGAUCAAAGAUAAAUUUCCCAUUCCCGUGAUCGAUGAGUUACUGGACGAGCUCCACGGUUCUCAAUUUUUCACCAAACUCGAUCUACGGUCAGGAUAUCACCAGAUCCGGGUCCGCCAGGAAGACGUGCAAAAAACAGUAUUUCGUACUUAUCAAGGGCAUUAUGAAUUUCUCGUAAUGCCAUUCGGAUUAAGUAAUGCUCCAUCUACUUUCCAAUCUUUAAUGAAUGAGCCGUACCUUGCAAGACCACGUCCAUCACUUGGAUUUGGUAUUUACUACCUUGCGGGCUCACCAAUUAUUCGUCAAAAGGGAAAAAUGUACCUUUGGCCAAUCACAAGGUACUACCGUAAAUUCAUUCAAAAUUACGGUGGUAUUGCCAGACCAUUAACCGACAUGCUCAAAAAGGAUAACUUUAUUUGGACACCUACUGCAGAGGAAGCUUUUGCAAAACUGAAGCUCGCCAUGACCACAUCUCCAGUGCUUGCUCUUCCCGAUUUUUCUCAACCAUUCAUGAUCGAGUGUGAUGCGUGUGGCUUCGGAGUUGGUGCGGCCUUACAUGGACGCAACUUGGAGCUCUCUACUUAUGACAAAGAGAUGCUCGCUAUUGUUCUCGCCAUCAAAAAGUGGCGACCCUAUCUUCUUGGCCGUUCCUUCGUCAUCAAAACCGAUCAAAAGAGCCUCAAGUAUCUAUGGGAUCAACGCAUUUCCACUGACGCGCAGCAACGUUGGCUCUCCAAACUUGUUAGGUAUGAUUUCAUCAUUGAGUACAAAAAGGGAGUUGAUAAUGUAGUUGCCGAUGUUCUCUCUCGCCAAAAUCAUGGUGAUACCUACGCUCUCUCACAACCGGUUCCAAGCUGGUUGCAUCCCAUCCAGAAGGAGACUACAUCGGAUCCUACUCUACAGCACUUAAUCAAGUUGAUCAAUGAUGGUGAAGCCGUGGGUCCAUGGCGGAAUACUAACGGCGUCCUAUUUUUCAAAGAUCGGAUUUACCUGCUUCAUACUUCUGAACUCAUCCUUCAAAUCAUCAAGGAAUUCCACACCACCACCCACGAAGGUUUCCAUAAAACUCUCCAAUGA